AUGGAGACUGAGAAGGAGAUGAAGGUGAAGGAAGGGGACCAAGGAAAUGGAUAUAGCUGUCAGGCCACCAAGCAAUUUCUCGAGGAGAUCAACAAGUGGACAGAUCAGUACAACGUUUCCCCUCUGUCUUGGGAUGUUGCUGUCAAGUUCCUCAUGGCCCGGAAGUUUGAUGUGCUCCGAGCAGUAGAGUUGUUCCACUCCUACAGAGAAACACGAAGAAAGGAAGGCAUUGUGAAGCUGAAACCUCAUGAGGAACCUCUCCGUUCUGAGAUCCUUAGUGGAAAAUUCACUGUCUUAAAUGUUCGUGACCCAACUGGAGCCUCCAUCGCCCUAUUCACUGCCAGAUUGCAUCAUCCCCAUAAGUCAGUCCAGCAUGUGGUCCUUCAGGCUCUGUUUUACUUGCUAGACCGAGCUGUGGAUAGUUUUGAAACUCAGAGGAAUGGAUUGGUAUUUAUCUAUGACAUGUGCGGUUCUAAUUAUGCCAACUUUGAGCUGGAUCUUGGCAAGAAAGUCCUGAACCUGCUGAAGGGUGCCUUCCCCGCCCGACUGAAGAAAGUGCUGAUUGUGGGAGCGCCUAUAUGGUUCCGAGUGCCCUAUUCCAUCAUCAGCCUCCUCCUUAAGGACAAAGUCCGAGAGAGGAUUCAGAUAUUAAAGACAUCUGAGGUUACUCAACACCUGCCCAGGGAGUGCCUUCCAGAAAACCUGGGUGGGUACGUCAAAAUUGACCUCGCCACUUGGAAUUUCCAGUUCCUGCCCCAGAUGAAUGGCCACCCGGACCCCUUCGAUGAGAUCAUCCUGUUCUCCCUCCCUCCUGCCUUAGACUGGGACUCGGUACAUGUUCCAGGCCCCCAUGCCAUGACCAUCCAGGAGUUGCUGGACUAUGUUAGCACUAGGCAGAAGCGAGGCAUAUAUGAGGAGUAUGAAGACAUCCGUCGUGAGAAUCCCGUUGGCACUUUCCACUGUUCCAUGUCUCCAGGGAACCUAGAGAAGAACCGCUAUGGGGAUGUACCCUGCCUGGACCAAACUAGAGUGAAGCUGACAAAACGAAGUGGCCACACUCAGACAGAUUACAUCAAUGCCAGCUUUAUGGAUGGCUACAAGCAGAAAAAUGCCUACAUUGGUACACAAGGCCCUUUGGAGAAUACCUAUCGAGACUUCUGGCUCAUGGUAUGGGAGCAAAAAGUCUUGGUGAUUGUCAUGACUACUCGCUUUGAGGAGGGCGGCAGGAGAAAGUGUGGCCAGUAUUGGCCUUUAGAAAAAGACUCUCGGAUCCGAUUUGGCUUCCUCACAGUGACCAAUCUAGGAGUGGAGAACAUGAACCAUUAUAAGAAAACAACGCUAGAAAUUCACAACACAGAGGAGAGGCAGAAACGCCAGGUGACCCACUUUCAGUUCCUGAGCUGGCCAGAUUACGGUGUCCCUACCUCGGCAGCUUCCCUCAUUGACUUCCUGAGGGUGGUCAGGAGCCAGCAGAGGCUGGCCGUCAGCAGCCUGGGUUCACGCUCCAAAGGACAGUGUCCCGAGCCCCCCAUUGUGGUCCAUUGCAGUGCCGGCAUUGGCAGGACAGGUACCUUCUGCUCAUUGGACAUCUGCCUGGCACAGCUGGAGGAGCUUGGCACCCUUAAUGUAUUCCAGACGGUGUCUCGCAUGAGGACCCAGAGGGCCUUCAGCAUUCAGACCCCUGAGCAGUACUAUUUUUGCUACAAGGCAAUCCUGGAAUUCGCAGAAAGAGAGGGCAUGGUGCCCUCCAGCCACAGCCUCCUGGCCAUGGAGAGUCAGUAACUGUCCCACAGGCAUCCCACCUGCUGACCAGCCUUCCUUAUCUACCCUGGACACCGCUGAGCCUGUAGGUUGCCAUCAGUUAUGUUGAAGCCAUGGACCAACCUCUUUAUUGUGUCUCCCGGCGCACGUGUGCACGCAAGGCAGCCUUUUCCUUUGGCUAGAUAGAUGUGGUGACAUUGCCACUAGAAAGGGCCAGCAGCAAUGUGUUCUUAAUUCCUAGCACCUGCUAUUGAACUGUGCCUUAUUAAAACCAAAUCGUGGCUAUCAGUUUUUGCCAGGGGCCCCGAGGUAAGUGGGGAAGGAACCUCUCCCCGCCUUUCCCAAUGCCAUUCUCUUUUUCAAGGUCUCUUUCUGGUCCCUUCCCCUUUUUAGGAUUUGAUGGGGAGGUUUGGUGAGUAUCCACCUUCCUUCCCGGAGAGCUCGACCAAGUUACAUAGUCUAAGAAACGUCCUGAGUGCCAAGCACGUUUAUACCUAGGGCGCGUAUUCCAGUCUUUUCUGUCCUUCUGUGUGUGUGCGCGCGUGUAUGUGCACUUACGUGUAUGGGUCCAUAUGUACGUGUGUAUAUAAUCUAAACUGUAUGUGAUAAUAUGGUCGUAUUCUAUAAACACAUAUACACAGAUACUCCUUUGUAGAAGUUCCUGGGGCUCCGUGUUGCAGUUAGGUCUCCUGGCUUCUUGGACCCUACUUUUACCCAAGACUAGCUGGGGCGGGGGGUCAUUGGCUCCUGCUGUCAGAAUGCAGCGUGGUGGAAGAAGACACAGCCACAUCCACUGCCCACGCUCCUGCCACAGGCCUCCUCCUUAUACAGUGUCUUCUCUUCCUCCAGGAUGCUGCCUGUCAGAGCUGAGAAUACUGCUUUGUGGUGACACUGGUUUAAUUCAGAAUGGAUUGUCCUUACCUAAUGAUCUCUCUGUUUACUCUGUGGACUGGGGAAUAGACCUCCACUGUGAUUCCAGAUAGCCUCCUUCCUUUCCCUGUCCCUCAGGGACUGAGGUAUAGAUGAAUUUACAGAACAGCCAGAGCCAGUAGCAAUUGGUACGAUGUCUUAGAAGGAAAGAGAGGGAAUCCGGGUGUGUGAGAAAGGAAACUAUUAUGAGACUCCCUCCUGAGAAAAUGAGCUGCCUCUCACCCCCACCUUUGUUGUUGCUGGAAGCUUCCUUUCCUUAUGCCACUUGAUCCUCAGAAGUCCAUCUCUUCCUGCCUUCCAGUCUGCCAGGCCCUGGGUAGGUUCAGUGUCACUAAAAAACUUAAACCCAGCCUGGGAGAGGCAGUUCCAUGCAAUCAUGGUUUGUUCCCUUUUAACCCAAACUGUCCCUGUCUGCUUCUGGCCUACCAGCCUGAUGUGUCAGAGAUGGAAUCAACAGUCCCCAAUACUAUACAUUUUCAAGAAAAUCCCAGGAAUCCUAAAUCUUUCCCCAUUGCAAAUGAGGUUGGCAGCUGAUCAGACCUCGAUAAUUUUAUACUGUAAUAAGCUCUUUGAAUGUAUAUAUUCUUAUUUUUACAAUCUCUUCAUUUUGUAUUUAACGUUAAUGAAAUGAGUCAGAUUCAGAAAAUAAUUGUAAAUAAUUCAUAUUCAAUAUCUCACAGUGCUACAGUUUUGUAUUUACAUACAAAUAUACCGACAUGAUCAAAUCC